AUGGGUAUUCCGUUGAUUGUUGUUUUCAGUGCUCUUAUUGGUCAAAUAGCUAGUGUGGCUAUCUACCAACAAUGUGGAGGUGAGGGUUAUUCUGGUCCAACGGCUUGUGAUUUUGGACUUCAGUGUUAUCGUAAAUCGUAUUGGUAUUCAUCAUGUCAAACAUCAUGUCCAAAAACAUGGGAAUGUGAAACGUACAUAGAGAGAGAGGAUGAUGAUAAUGAUACUGCUAAAGCAUGGGAUCAAUGCGGCGGCCAAGGUUUUGAUGGAUUAUCAUUAUGUCCAUUUGGUUUUCAAUGUGUUGCUAGAAGUAUUUGGUAUUCACAAUGUAGAACCGAUUGUCCAACAGGUUGGUCAUGUAUGGAUCCUGUUGACUCAACGACACCGAUAGCUGUCACAGUACCAACAACGCCCUUCAUCAUAGAAGAACCCACAACCGGACUAUUCACAAUUGAAGAAAUGACAACUACUGGAUUUGUAACUGGAAACACACUCGGAAAAAUUGUUAAACGUGCUAGUGUGGCUAUCUACCAACAAUGUGGAGGUGAGGGUUAUUCUGGUCCAACGGCUUGUGAUUUUGGACUUCAGUGUUAUCGUAAAUCGUAUUGGUAUUCAUCAUGUCAAACAUCAUGUCCAAAAACAUGGGAAUGUGAAACGUACAUAGAGAGAGAGGAUGAUGAUAAUGAUACUGCUAAAGCAUGGGAUCAAUGCGGCGGCCAAGGUUUUGAUGGAUUAUCAUUAUGUCCAUUUGGUUUUCAAUGUGUUGCUAGAAGUAUUUGGUAUUCACAAUGUAGAACCGAUUGUCCAACAGGUUGGUCAUGUAUGGAUCCUGUUGACUCAACGACACCGAUAGCUGUCACAGUACCAACAACGCCCUUCAUCAUAGAAGAACCCACAACCGGACUAUUCACAAUUGAAGAAAUGACAACUACUGGAUUUGUAACUGGAAACACACUCGGAAAAAUUGUUAAACGUGCUAUUUCUCCGCGAACAUCUUGCACUGUUAGCGGACAAUCUGGUGUGUGCAAAGAUACAAAGACUUGUGGUGGUACAACUCAUGCUGGUUAUUGUCCUGGUGCAUCGAAUAUUCAAUGUUGUAUUGAAGGUUCAUCUAGUGGUAAUGGUCUUUGUGGAUCGUACGUUGAUUCAACUGUUAGUUCAAUUAAAGGCAAUAAUGAUGUCACUUAUCAAGUCGUUAAAAUAAAAAAAGAACAUUUAUCGAAUCAAGCAUCUUAUUCACUGGCAGCUGAUCAAAGUGAUAAUACAAUGACAACUAGUACAGCAUGUGCUUUUGAUAAAAUGGUAUCCGCUGCAGCAGCAGCCGGUGUUAAAAUAACAAUUGCAAGUGGUUUUCGUACCAUUGCACGUCAAAACUAUUUCUGGAAUUGUUAUCAAACAAAACUAUGCAAUAAUGGUAAUUUAGCUGCAAAACCGGGGUCAAGCAAUCACGGUAAAGGUAUUGCAUUAGAUUUAAACACUGAUUGCGGAAAACAAACAGGCAGUAAGCCCAGUUGUGAUGGAUCAGCAGUAUAUCAAUGGUUGUAUAACAAUGGACAUAAAUAUGGUUUCACACGUACCGUUCAAAGUGAACCAUGGCAUUGGGAAUUUCGAGGAAUUGGCGUUCAACCAGCAUCCUUUUCUUAA